UUCUCCCUCUCUUUGUCUCCGUCUCUCCCUCUCUCUCUUUCUCUGUGUGUGUGUGUGUGUGAGAGAAGCUAAGCACCCACCGCGCCUCCUCGUUCCCUUCCCCAUCCGUUUGACGGAUCUCGGGUUGUCUUUCGUUUGUCCCCGGGGAAGAAGACGCGGAAAGAACCCCCUUCCUGAUUUGGGGUUUCCAGCGGAUCGAAGCCGUUUAGGGUGAGUGCUCCCGUCGAUCGGAAUUAGUUGCUUCUCUUUCUCUGGGAUGAGUUGAAUGAUUAUGGUCGUCUUCUCCUCUGACUCGAACUCGCCGGAUUCGGCGUCUUAGGGUUUUCGGGCCGACAAUGGCAGAGGGGGUUCUCUGCGGGGAGUCGGGAUCCGAUGAACCGCCGAAGUUUAUUUUGGGGCUUAUGAGCCCAAGAGCCGGCCACAAGCGCGAGUUCGAGUUCGCGGCGAAGGUUCAGGUGGAGCUCAUUGGGUCGCUGGGGCAGCGGAGAUGCCGGACGAAAGACACGAUCCCUUACCCUGAGGUUGCUGCUGAGGAGAAUCAGAGCGUUAAAGUGGAGAGCGAUCUUAACCCUUCUCCUGUUCCAGAUGUCUCGACUGUUCUUUCAGAACCGGAAGCGAAGGUAACAAAUGCAAUCGAUGAGGUUGAUGUCGACAAUGGAGACAACACAGAGAAGGAUGAGAAGACGCCGGUUUCUAAGCCAUGGGUCUCGCUGAGGAGGAUUACCAGGUCGGAAUUCAAGAGGUUGAAUGGCGUCCAAGGGGAUCCUGAAUUGGAGGAUAGCGAACGUCCUUUCGGCAGGCAACAAAGGGCUUCUGAACCAAUACGAGUUUUCAAGAGGAGGCGUCUCAUUGGCGACGCCAAUGCCCUGAAGGCGCAGCAGGAUAGUAGUGAGGUUGUUGGGAAGCAAGGUGGUUCGGAAGAUGAUGCUGUUGCCAAGAAAGGGAAAACCGAUGCAGAGGAUGAUCCUUCAUCGGUUCUUGUGGCAGACGUGGAAAGGGGAAACUCGGUGUCGGUGGAAUUUGCUGAAGGUUUAGAUGGAAAAGAGCCGAUAUGCCCCAAAGUGGAAGAGGAAUUAGGAUCGAAAAUUGCAGAGGGGUCAUCUUCAGCAGUAAUCUGUGCCAGGGAUCAGGAGGAGUCUGGAUCAUCCACCGAUGAUGCGGGGGCAAAUAGUUGCAAUAUCCAGGAGAACUCAAAGAAGCUCGAACUGAAAAUGUCGAAGAAGAUUACCUUGACCCAGUUCCCCAAAACAAUCAAGGAAUUGCUUGGAACUGGUGUACUAAAUGGAUGCAAGGUUCAUUAUUUAUGUCGUCGGUCCUCAGGAAAGGAACCACUUCGAGGGGUAAUAAAAGAUGGAAUGAUUCUCUGUUUCUGUGGAGCCUGCAAAGGCAAACAAACCGUUACUCCUGUCGUGUUUGAACUGCACGCUGGGAGUCUUAAUAAACGUGCAAUUGAUUAUAUUUACUUGGAGAAUGGGAGGUCCAUACGUGAUGUUCUGCGUUCAUGCGUUGGAACUCCGCUGGAAUUGUUCGAGGAACGGAUGCAAACGGAACUACGUUUAUCGGCAAACCAGGCAGUCACUUGUCAACGCUGCAAAAAACCAAUUGGUGUCACAACUCAUGGAAAAUCACGACAACUUUGCAAUAAAUGUCUAUCUCCUCAGCAAACACCUGUAAAGAAAUCAUAUGGUGCAAGGUUACCAAAACCAGUGGUUACACCCAAAUCCACUGGUAUCAUUCCAGGGCAUAAGGUGUCAAAGAGAAAGAGUGCACCAGCUAAGCUGACUAGGAAAGACUUGGGCCUGCACAAGUUGGUGUUUAUGUCAAAGGGUCUACCUGAUGGAACUGAAGUGGCAUACUAUGCUCGUGGUCAGAGAUUACUUGAAGGAUAUAAACAGGGAUUUGGCAUAUUCUGUUAUUGCUGCAACAGUGAGGUCAGCCCCUCACAGUUUGAAGCUCAUGCUGGCUGGGCAUCACGUCGUAAACCGUACCUGCAUAUUUACACCUCGGAUGGAGUUUCCCUUCAUGAGCUAGCAAUGUCACUCUUAAAAGGUCGGAAGAUGUCUGCUAAUGAUAAUGAUGAUCUCUGUACCAUUUGUGGGGAUGGUGGAGACCUCCUGCUGUGUGAUGGAUGUCCAAGGGCCUUUCAUACAGAAUGUGUAGCUCUUUCAUGCAUCCCACGUGGUAAUUGGUAUUGUUCAUAUUGCGGACGUAAUUUUGAACAAGAACGGAAUGCAGCUCAAAGCCAAAAUGCAUUAGCUGCUGGGAGAAUUCCGGAUGUGGAGGCUUUGGAGAAUUUACGUUAUCGUUGCACUCGUGUUGUCAAGAAGCCACAAGUUGAAAUUGGUGGUUGCGUGUUAUGCAGGGGUCAUGAUUUUAGCAAAUCAGGAUUUGGCCCUCGAACUGUUAUGCUUUGUGAUCAGUGUGAGCGAGAGUUUCAUGUUGGUUGCUUGAGGGACCAUGGACUUGGUGAUCUGAAGGAAUUACCAAAAGAGAAGUGGUUCUGCUGCACAGACUGCAGUCGGAUUAAUACAUCUCUGCAGAAGCUAAUUCUCCGUGGUGCAGAGAAGCUUCCUCCUUCUCUUUCAAAUAUUGUCAGGAAGAAACUUGAAGAGAAGGACACAGUUGUUAAUGCCGAUCUUGAUAUAAGUUGGCAGCUUCUUAGCGGCAGAAAUGCUUCACCUGAUAGCAGAUUGUUACUGUCAAAAGCUGUCGCUAUUUUUCAAGAUUGCUUUGAUCCUAUCGUUGACACGGCAACAGGUCGGGAUAUGAUCCCACCAAUGGUCUAUGGAAGGAAUAUAAGAGGUCAAGAAUUUGGUGGUGUUUACUGUGCAGUAUUGAAAGUAAACUCAGUUGUUGUAUCAGCGGGAAUUCUCAGAAUAUUUGGGAAGGAAGUUGCGGAGCUCCCAUUGGUUGCAACUACGAGUGGAAAUCAAGGAAAGGGUUAUUUCCAAUCACUAUUCACUUGCAUAGAGCGGUUUCUUGGAUUUUUGGAAGUAAAGAACCUUGUUCUGCCAGCUGCCGAUGAGGCCGAGUCUAUAUGGACUAAAAGAUUUGGUUUCUCAAAGAUGACCCCCGAACAGGUCUCAGAAUACACGAGAGACGUGCAGAUGAUGACAUUUCAAGGCACGUCAAUGCUACAGAAGCUUGUUCCCAAAUGUCGUUUGGUUAACCGCCCGGUGACUGCAAGCGCAGCCGAUGCUAGCUGAUGUGAACUUUGUCCAUGUGAGGAGGCAUUCUUUUUGUCAUUUGAUAGGAGGCGCUUGGGAUUUGUGGACGUGGGCAUCUCUUUUCCUUUUUUCUUUUUUUUGCAGUUGAUGUACAGGAAAAUUCUGUAUCCGCUAGUUGGUCUGGCUUGGCCUAUUCUUGUACAGAAAAUAGAACGUAGUUCAAUUUAUAGAGAAAGCAGGAAAUUUGAGCUUAGAGGUUUAUGUAACUGUAUAGAAUUCAUUAUGUCGUUGUUUCCUUAAGAAAUAUGAAAAGGAAUUUUUGCA